GCACGAUAGGGGGAGCAAAAAGAACAUCCGGGGCAGACGAGUCGGUUCGAGCUUGGUGAUCGAUUUUGGGAUCUCGUCAGGGUGGAAGUCUCGAGGAUCCCCGUCCCUAUCACAGUACGGCGUGAUAUUUUUCGCUUGCCAGGGCCGAGCCGAACUGCAACACCCCAGGCGAAAGUGGAACAGAGGAGAAGCACGGCCCUGCGCGCGCGCUCUUGGGUAUCCGGGACUUUCUCCCUCCCGUCCCUGGUCCCCUGUCGGCUCGUAUGCGUCCGUGUGCUCCGUUCCGGUGGGAAAGACACCGAUUCCAAUCACUACCACUAGCCCGAGCUGGAAACGAGUCGAUAUCACCCUAGUCGCAGGACGACAACGAUACAUCCGAGUAAUAGAGUAGAGGGGAUUACAGGGGAUUAGAGGGGGGAGUGGUCGACAAGAUGCCGCUUCUCACGCUGCUGAAGAAGCAGCUGACGAAAACCAAGCUCACCUUUCACUUCCUUUUCUGGUCGCUUCACUGGGGCCUCUUCGCCUAUGGAUGGUACAAACAAGCGAACGAUGCGCGCCUGGCCGGCCUCAACACGCUUCAGUACUCGGUGUGGAUAUCGCGAGGUGCCGGCUUGGUCCUGAGCGUCGACGGGAUGCUCAUCCUGCUCCCGGUCUGCAGAACCAUUAUGCGCUUUGUCCGGCCAAAGAUCCGGUUCCUCCCGCUUGACGAGAACAUCUGGAUGCACCGGCAGCUCGCCUACGCCAUGUUGCUGUUCACCAUCAUCCACACAGCAGGGCAUUAUGUGAACUUCUACAACGUCGAGAAGACCCAGAUCCGGCCAGUGACAGCGGUGCAGAUCCAUUACGUACAGCCCGGCGGCAUCACCGGCCAUGUCAUGCUCUUCUGCAUGCUUCUGAUGUACACGUCGGCGCACCACCGCAUCAGACAGCAAUCUUUCGAGACCUUUUGGUACCUGCACCACCUCUUCAUUCCCUUCUUCCUCGCCCUCUACACCCACACCGUCGGCUGCUUCGUCCGAGACACAGCCGAACCCAUUUCCCCGUUUGCUGGCGAAGAGUACUGGAAGCAUUGCAUUGGUUACCUGGGCUGGAGAUGGGAGCUCUGGACCGGCGGCUUCUACCUCCUCGAGCGGCUGUAUCGCGAGAUCCGUGCCGUGCGCGAGACCAAGAUUACCCGUGUCAUCAGGCAUCCCUAUGACGUGGUCGAGAUCCAGUUCAGCAAGCCGUCGUUCAAGUACAAGGCCGGCCAGUGGCUGUUCCUCCAGGUACCCGAAAUCUCCAAGUACCAGUGGCAUCCGUUCACCAUCACGUCCUGCCCGUACGACCCUUACGUCUCGGUUCACAUCCGCCAGGUCGGCGACUUCACCAAGGCGCUGGGUGACAGAGUGGGUGCCGGUGCCGCGCAGAGCAAGCUCUACGAGGGCGUCGACCCGAUGGGCAUGUACGAAGUGGCGCUUCAGAACGGCCAGCAAAUGCCGCUCCUUCGCAUCGACGGCCCAUACGGUGCUCCGGCCGAGGACGUGUUCGAGAACGAAAUCGCGGUCCUGGUCGGAACCGGUAUCGGCGUCACUCCGUGGGCCUCCAUCCUGAAGAACAUCUGGCACCUGCGCAACGGGCCGAACCCGCCGACGCGGCUGCGCCGUGUCGAGUUCAUCUGGGUGUGCAAGGACACGACCUCGUUCGAGUGGUUCCAGACCCUGCUCUCUUCCCUGGAGCGGCAGUCGGACGAAGCCGCCCGCGUGCCCGGUUCGGGCGGGAUCGAGUUCCUCAAGAUCCACACCUACCUGACGCAGAAGCUCGACAUGGACACGACGCAAAACAUCGUCCUGAACAGCGUCGGUGCCGAUCUGGACCCGCUCACCGAGCUCAAGGCCCGGACCAACUUUGGCCGCCCCAACUUCAACAAGCUCUUCACCAGCAUGCGCGACGGCAUCCUCAACCGGACCUAUCUCAACGGGCUCGAGGGCAACAUGAGGACGACCGUGGGAGUCUACUUCUGCGGUCCCUCGGCAGCCGCCCGCGACAUCAAGAAGGCUGCCAAGGCGGCCACCGUCCGCGAAGUCCGCUUCCGCUUCUGGAAGGAACAUUUCUAAUCGUACAUAUCCCGGUAAUCAUGGUGCAAUCCCUCUUCGGCUGCUUUCCGGCCCGUUACGUUACCCGCGCGCGGGAGGGCCAGGAAGGAAGCGGAUCUAACCGGUCGGUGGUCGAACGUGACGUUGACUUUGCAACCGGACACACUCGGUCAUGCUGGGCGAGUGCAGUGGGGGCCGGGUCAUCUUGAUGAAUUGACUCCGUACGGAGGAGUUAUUUACCAUCUAAGAAGGGACCUGUUCACGGGACGGGCAGAUGUGGAGGACUGAGUUGGGUUGACAACAAGCGAGGACGGUUGGGAAAGGGGCGGUGCGAGGUGGCUUCAUUUUCGUUCGUCCUGACAUCUUUGGAUACUAUACCACGGAGUAUAUACCUCUCUGCUAACGUAUAUCAUAUAUGCAUUUUUCUUUCUUUAUUCUAAAGCGAGCGGAACACUGCGC